AUGUACCUCCUUGUGUACGUGGAUUAUAUUGUCCUGGUUAGCUCCUCUCCGACGGCUGCUGAUGCUCUUGUGACUGCGCUUGGCCGAGAUUUUGCAGUUAAGGAUUUGGGACAACUUCACUUCUUCCUCGGUAUUGAAGUCGCUCAUCAGUCUCGUGGCAGUUUGGCUCUCACCCAGAAGAAGUACUCUCUUGAUCUCUUUGCGCCGUGCUGGUAUGCUCAAGUGCACGACAUCGCCUACGCCCAUGUCCUUCACCAACAAACUUUCAGCUGCCGAUGGGUGUGCCAGUAUCUUCAUGCACCUACUGAUGUGCACUGGUCUGCUGUGAAGCGCAUACUGCGGCUUGCGCAAAAGUACAAACAUGUUAGAAAGAAAUUCAGAGAAGGGGAAAAUCAACAGUCUGACAGCGACUUGAUCGGACCGAUCGGCACGCGUGGCACACCUUCUUUCCACACCUCCCGGCUGAAGCUGCUGCAGAAUCCUCAAACCAAUCAACCACCAUCCAUCACCGGAGAGCAGAGGCAGAGCAACAAAAAUCUGUGGACGUUCUGCCCGUUCACCCAACCCCUUCCGCGCGCCGCCUCCCUCGCCCGCGAGGACUCUGCGGAUCUCUCUCAGCGGCAGCAGCAAGCAGAGCGGAGAGAGCAAUCCGCCAUGGCCAUGGUCGCCUCCACCUCCAUCGCCUACCACAAGCCGCGUUUGUCGGUGGUGUGCAGGAAGAAGGACCGGGAUAGGGAGCUGGAGCGGGAGAAGGAGCACAAGUACCCCUUCAAGGUCGUCGAGAUCACGCCGCCGCCGCGAUGCCUCGGCGUCCGCUGCUUCCCCAUGAACAUCCACUGCGGGGAGAGCGUGACGAUCGAAGGGCAGGCGUACACGGUGUCGGCGGUGACGCACCGGUACCAGCUGCGCAAGGGGCGGUACGAGCCGAGCGAGAAGCGCCUCGACGUCCUCUCCACCGGCAGAUACAUCCUCAACCUCUAUCUCGACAGCCUCCUCGACAAGUCCUAGACUCUCUAUGCUCUACUCUAUACUACUAGUACAAAUUUAUUUAUUCUACUACUACAGCAAAUUUAUUUAUGCCUCUACUGUACUGUACGUAUGUACGCUACUUCUGUGAAGGCCGCGCACGCAUGCACGCAUUUGGUCC